GGUCUCUGUAGUCCCUGUGUCGGUGUCUAACUCGCUCCGUCUAGCCCCCUCCUCUGGUCCCCCACCCUCCACUGGCUGGCCAGCUCACUGUCCCCAGCCCCCAUUCCACGUGGACCAGCCAGGGCGGGGUAGGAGGGAGGACAGGAAGGGGGGGAGCCAGAUCUGGAAGAAGUGGGGAAGGAGGCCGCCGGCGGCUCCCUCGCUCGUCCUCACUGCCCGCCGUCCCCGCUCCAGGCACCAUGUUCCCCGCGGGCCCGCGCAGCCACACCCUCCGACUCCCGCUCCUGCAGUUGCUGCUGCUGCUUCUGCAGGCUGUGGGGAGGGGACUGGGCCGCGCCAACCCGGCUGGGGGCCCCCUGGAAGAUGUGGUCAUCGAGAGGUACCACAUCCCCAGGGCCUGUCCCCGGGAGGUGCAGAUGGGGGACUUUGUGCGCUACCAUUACAACGGCACUUUUGAGGACGGCAAGAAGUUUGACUCCAGCUAUGACCGAAACACCCUGGUGGCCAUUGUGGUGGGCGUGGGGCGCCUCAUCACUGGCAUGGACCGUGGCCUCAUGGGCAUGUGUGUCAACGAACGACGGCGUCUCAUUGUGCCCCCCCACCUGGGCUACGGCAGCAUCGGCGUGGCCGGGCUCAUUCCCCCGGAUGCCACCCUUUACUUCGACGUGGUCCUGCUGGAUGUGUGGAACAAGGCGGACACUGUGCAGGUGAGCACUUUGCUGCGCCCGCCCCACUGCCCCCGCAUGGUCCAGGACAGUGACUUCGUCCGCUACCACUACAAUGGCACACUGCUGGAUGGCACGGCCUUUGACUCCAGCUAUAGCAGGGGCGGUACUUACGACACCUAUGUGGGCUCCGGCUGGCUCAUCAAGGGCAUGGACCAGGGGCUGCUCAGCAUGUGUCCUGGAGAGAGAAGGAAGAUCAUCAUCCCUCCGUUCCUGGCCUAUGGAGAGAAAGGCUACGGGACUGUGAUACCUCCUCAGGCCUCCCUGGUCUUCCACGUCCUGCUGAUCGACCUCCACAACCCGAAGGAUACAGUCCAGCUGGAGACACUGGAGAUGCCCGCUGGCUGUGUCCGGAGAGCUGUGGCUGGGGACUUCAUGCGCUAUCACUACAACGGCUCGCUGAUGGAUGGCACCCUUUUUGACUCCAGCUACUCCCGCAACCACACCUACAAUACCUAUAUCGGGCAGGGUUACAUAAUCUCCGGGAUGGACCAGGGGCUUCAGGGUGCCUGCAUGGGGGAGCGCCGGAGGAUCACCAUCCCCCCACACCUUGCCUAUGGGGAGAAUGGAACAGGAGACAAGAUCCCUGGCUCUGCUGUUCUGAUCUUCGAUGUCCACAUCAUUGACUUCCACAACCCUGCGGACCCAGUAGAAAUCAAGACACUCUUCCGGCCCCCAGAGGCCUGCAACGAGACGUCCAAGCUUGGAGACUUCGUUCAAUACCACUAUAACUGUUCUCUGGUGGACGGCACCAAGCUCUUCUCCUCCCAUGACUAUGGGAGCCCCCAGCAGGCGACACUGGGAGCCAACAAGGUGAUCACUGGCCUGGACACGGGCCUGCAGGGCAUGUGCGUGGGCGAGAGACGGCAGCUGGUGGUGCCCCCACACCUGGCACAUGGAGAGAGCGGAGCCCGCGGGGUCCCUGGCAGCGCUGUGCUGCUGUUUGAGGUAGAGCUGGUGUCUCGGGAAGAGGGGGUACCUGAAGGGUACCUGUUUAUAUGGCAUGAGGACCCACCGGGCAACCUCUUUGAAAACAUGGACCUCAACAAGGAUGGAGAAGUGCCCCCUGAGGAGUUUGCCACCUUCAUUAAGGCUCAAGUGGCUGAGGGCAAAGGACGCCUCAUGCCUGGGCAGGACCCCGAGAAAACCAUAAGGGACAUGUUCCAGAACCAAGACCGCAACCAGGACGGCAAGGUCACCCCCGAGGAGCUCAAGCUCAAGUCGGACGAAGACCAGGAGCGGGUCCAUGAGGAACUCUGA